CAUUUCCUGUAAACGACUUUCCCCGGGAAGCAGAAAUUGGCGCGAGAUCUGUUGUUUCGGCAGGUCUAUUCUUAUUGUGUAGAGUAGAAGUACUGCAGAUUCUAAAUAGAUAUGGCUCCAGUUUCCACAGACAAAGACUUUGACAACCUUGAUGGCGGUGCAGAUGAUGCCUGUGGCCUUGCUGUGUCUCGCUCCAGGAGGGAGAAGAAGGAAAAGGUGGGGCGUAAGUCGGCCCUGGAGCAGCUGAAAGCGGCCAAGAGGGGUGAGAAGCUGAAAUACGAGGUGGAGGACCUGACCAGUGUAUACGAGGAGGUGGAUGAGGAACAGUACUCCCGCAUUGUCCGUGAGCGACAGGACGACGACUGGAUCAUUGAUGACGAUGGAAUUGGCUAUGUGGAGGAUGGGAGGGAGAUCUUUGAUGAGGACUUGGAGUAUGACGCCCUGGACAAAGGUCCCUCAGGUAAAGCUGGCUCUAAAGUGGUGGGUUCGAAGGACAAGAAGAAUGUGAAGAAAGUGGCCGUGACAAAGCCCAACAGCAUAAAGAGCCUGUUCAUGGCCAGCAAUGUGAAGAAGCCUGCAGAGAGGGACGUUGAUCUGUCUAAAGAUGACCUGCUCGGAGACCUGCUGCAGGACCUUCACUCUGAGAAACCCUCCCUGCUUGCUGCUCCACCGGUUGUCUCCCUGAAGAAGAAGAAGCCCUCGGGAGUGCCCCUGAACCCAUUCUCCAUCCAACACCAGGCCCCCAAGGUCAGGGUGGGUGGUGAAGUAGCCAGACCAACUCCAACUGCCCCAGUACCCAGGGCUCACCCCCCUUCCUCUCCAGCACCCCCAACCACUCAGAAUAAGAGAGUGAAGGUGGAGGAAACAGCAGACGAUGAGGUGGCUCUGCAGUUUGAUGAUGGGGACUUUGACGAGCCCAUGGAUGUGGGAGGUGAGGAGGAGGCGGUAAAAGAGGAGAUGCAGCCUGAGCCCCAAACAUCUGUGAAAGAGGAGCCCGAGACUGAAAUCCAGAGGCCCCUGCUUCACUUGGGUGUGUUCAGUGAACCAGGUUUGUCGUGCUGGGAGGGCGAGACCAGCGAGCCCGUGGUGGAGGUGCAGGUGGACUCCAGCCAGCUUCCCCUGGUGGAGGGCCCUGAUGGCAAUCUGGCCUUCCGCUUCUACUGGCUGGACGCCUUUGAGGACCAGUUUAACCAGCCAGGUGUGGUCUACCUGUUCGGGAAGGUGUGGAUUGAGUCGGCGAAGGCGCACGUGAGCUGUUGCGUGGCUGUGAAGAAUAUUGAGAGGACCAUGUACUUCCUGCCCCGUGAGCGUAAAGUUAACUUGGCAACGGGUGAGGAGACUGACUCGGUGGUGGGCAUCAUGGACGUGUACCAGGAGUUCAGCCAGCUCUCAGAGAAGUUCAAGAUCAUGAAGUUCAAGUCUAAGAAGGUGGAGAAGAACUAUGCCUUUGAGAUCCCAGACGUUCCUACCCAGUCCGAUUAUCUGGAAGUGAGAUAUUCUGCGGAGAUGCCCCCACUUCCCUCUGACCUGAAGGGGGCGACAUUCUCCCACGUUUUUGGCACCAGCACCUCCAGCCUAGAGCACUUCCUGCUCAGCAGGAAGAUCCGAGGGCCCUGCUGGCUGGAUAUCAGCUCCCCCCAGUUGAACAGCCAGCCAGUCAGCUGGUGUAAGGUGGAGGCUGUGGCCCCGAGGAGUGACCUGGUAGCUGUUGUGAAGGACCUGCCCCCGCCACCACUUGUGGUGAUGUCCAUCAGCAUGAAGACUGUGCAGAAUGCCAAGACACAUCACAAUGAGAUUGUGUCCAUAGCUGCGCUCAUCCACCAUCAGUUCGCCCUGGAUAAGGCUGCCCCAUCCCCACCCUUCCAGUCACACUUUUGUGUGGUCAGCAAGCCCUGUGACUGCAUCUUUCCCUAUGACUUCAAAGAGGCUGUGAGGAGGAAGAAUGUGAAGGUGGAAAUUGCUGGCACAGAGCGCAUGUUACUGGGCUUCUUCCUGGCCAAGAUGCACAAAAUUGAUCCGGACGUGGUGGUGGGUCACGACAUUUAUGGGUUUGACCUGGAUGUGCUCCUGCAGAGGAUCAGCACGUGCAAGGUCCCACAUUGGUCAAAGCUGGGCCGCUUGCGCCGCGCUAACAUGCCCAAACUAGGGGGCCGCAGCAGUUUUGCAGAGAAGAGCGCCACCUGUGGCAGGAUGGUGUGUGAUGUGGAAAUUUCAGCCAAGGAGCUGAUCCGCUGUAAAAGCUACCACCUAACUGAGCUUGUGGCCCAGGUGCUGAAGGCCGAAAGAGUCAACAUUCCUCAGGAGAACCUCAAGAACUUAUACAGUGACUCUCCUCACCUGCUGCACCUGUUGGAGCUCAACUGGAUGGAUGCCAAGUUCAUCCUGCAGAUCAUGUGUGAGCUCAAUGUGUUGCCACUGGCACUACAGAUCACGAACAUCGCUGGCAAUGUUAUGUCCCGCACCCUAAUGGGAGGUCGCUCUGAGAGGAAUGAGUACCUGCUGCUCCAUGCCUUCCAUGAGAAGAACUACAUUGUGCCUGACAAGCAGUUCUUCAAGAAGCCCCAACAAGACCUGGGUGAGGAUGAGGAGGACAUGGACAUGGGGAAGGGAAAGUCCCGGAAAGUGCGGAGGAAGGCGGCCUACGCUGGGGGACUGGUUCUGGACCCUAAAGUUGGUUUCUAUGAUAAGUUCAUCCUGCUGCUGGACUUCAACAGUCUGUACCCCUCAAUCAUUCAAGAGUUUAACAUCUGCUUUACAACCGUGCAACGAGAAGUGCCAGGGACAAGAAAGCAAACCACGGAGGAAAACUCUGAGGAGAUCCCAGAGCUACCAGAUCCAGACCUGGAGAUGGGGAUUCUGCCCAGAGAGAUCCGCAAACUUGUGGAGAGGAGGAGACAAGUCAAACAGCUGAUGAAGCAGCCGGACCUGCAUCCUGAUCUCUACCUGCAGUAUGACAUCAGGCAGAAGGCUCUGAAGCUGACAGCUAACAGCAUGUACGGCUGCCUGGGGUUCUCUUUCAGCCGUUUCUACGCCAAACCACUCGCUGCGCUGGUCACCCACAAGGGCCGAGAGAUCCUUAUGCACACCAAAGACAUGGUGCAGAAGAUGAACCUGGAGGUGAUCUAUGGAGAUACGGACUCCAUCAUGAUCAACACCAACAGCUGCAACCUGGACGAGGUCUACAAGCUCGGCAACAAGGUGAAAACCGAGGUGAAUAAGCUGUAUAAGCAGCUGGAGAUCGAUAUCGACGGCGUGUUUAAGUCUCUGCUGUUGCUGAAGAAGAAGAAGUACGCAGCGCUGUGUGUGGAGCCAACUGGGGAUGGCCGGUACACCACCAAGCAGGAACUGAAGGGCCUGGACAUUGUGCGCAGGGACUGGUGUGACUUGGCUAAAGACUGCGGCAACUACGUGAUCGGACAGAUCCUAUCGGACCAGAGCCGGGACACCAUAGUGGAGAACAUUCAGAGGCACCUGAUCGAGGUGGGAGAGAGAGUGGUGAAUGGGACGGUCCCGCUCACUCAGUUCCAGAUUCACAAGGCUCUCACUAAGGAUCCUCAGGACUACCCCGAUAAGAAGAGUCUCCCACAUGUGCAUGUGGCUCUGUGGAUGAACUCCCAGGGGGGGCGCCGGGUCAAAGCGGGGGACACAGUCUCCUAUAUUAUUUGUCAGGAUGGCUCGAACCUGAGCCCCAGCCAGCGGGCCUAUGCCCCGGAGCAGCUGGAGAAGCAGGGGGGGUUGUCUCUGGACACACAGUACUACUUGGCCCAGCAGGUUCAUCCUGUGGUGUCCAGAAUCUGCGAUCCCAUCGAGGGCAUCGACGCUGUGCUCAUCGCUACCUGGCUCGGUCUGGACCCCUCCCAGUUCCGGGCACAGCAGCAGCACCAGCGGGAGGAUGAGGUGGGGGGCGUGUUUGGGGCGCCCGCCCAGCUGACUGAUGAGGAGCGUUACCGUGACUGCCAAAGAUUCACCUUUGCAUGUCCAGAGUGCGGCACUGAAAACAUUUAUGACUCUGUGUUCCAGGGAGCGGGGUCGAUGGUGGAGCCAAGCCUGCUGCGGUGCUGUCAUAUCCCAUGCGGGGGCCAUCCCAUCGAGCACCUCGUUCAGAUCAGUAACAAGCUCAUUCUGGAUAUCCGCCAUCACAUUCACAGAUAUUACAGUGGCUGGCUGGUGUGUGAAGAUCAGGCGUGUCAGAACCGGAUCCGCCGUUUGCCCGCGGCGUUCACCCGGACCGGCCCAGUCUGUCCAGCUUGCACAAAAUUCACACUUCGUCCUGAGUACUCUGAGAAAGCACUGUACAACCAGCUGUCCUUCUACCGAUUCAUUUUUGACUGGGACUAUGCCUACAACAAGGUGCUGACGCACCCCGAGAGAGGUCAAAUUAAAGGUUUCAAAGCGGAGAAAGAUGUCUACCGCAAGCUGAAGGACAUUGCUGAGCGCAUACUGGCCACCAGCGGCUACUCCGAGGUCAAUCUCAGCAAGUUGUUCCAGGUCUUCACCUCACUGAAGUAGUUGUGCUACCUUGCCAUCACCUGCCAUUCCUUAGGAGUGGAGUGUCAUUAUCCGCCUUUGACCACAGUAUCAGCAUUAAAACUCAGCUUAAAAUCAGAGUGGGGGUGGGGCUAAACAAUGUUUUCCUUUUAAAAAAAUUAUUUUAUUAGAGUUCCUUGUCUAAAUCCCAAAGUUCCGUCCUGCUAUUCCACACACACACACUCCCCUACCACAUGGUUUAAUCAAAGAUUGCAACAUAGGACGUGGUUAAGUACCUGUCAGGCUGCAGUCACCCAUCCAUUCUGAUUCCUGUCUUUCUUAAUAGAUGCUAAAUCUGUUGUAAAAUGGCUCCAUGAUGUGGGAGGAGCUAAACCGUUGUAAGCUGAGCAAACGGGAAGCAGUCUCAAACCCCCAGCCACUUGUACACACAAACUGCCCAUAGUGUUUCUGGUGGGGGAGUUCACUUUGAAGCAUGCUGGGUGAGGGGGCAGAGAUUAGGGUAAAUGACACAGAGCUUUAGGUGAAUUGAGACUGAUGGGCUCCGCACUCCAUAAUGUCUUCUGUUAGCUGCACUAUAACCUCAACAAGACCGCAAUUAACUAACCAUGUGAAAUGGCAACCACCAUUCAGACAUGGGUUUAGAGUGGGGGCUAACAUGGGGGAAGUCAUCACAAGAAUUUGGUGUGGCUUCUGUUGGUUGUUGUUUUUUUUGUUUUUUUUCCAGAGGGGAUCCCUCAUUUUUUAAAUGGACGAUUAAUCUCCACUUCUUGUGAAAAUUGAGUUAAGUAGUAUCUGCAUAUGGCUUUGCUUUUAUCUGUUCCACGAGGACCAACAACAUUGAUUUAUCUGUAGUCUUUAAGAAUUGUGCUUUUAUGUUUGCAUUUUGAUCAAAUUUGUAAAGCACUUGAUACUGAAUUUGAAAUAAAGUCUUGAAUGACAGGC